AUGCAAAACACACAAGAUUUUCUGAGUCUCUCACCUCCUGCAGGUAACGUGCAUGCAAAUGGAAAUGGAAAUGGAAAUGGAAAUGGAAAUGGAAAUGGUCGUUCUCGUCGUGCACGCAGCCAUGCAAAGCAUGAAACCAUACCACAACCCUUUCCUUGGGCCACGGUAAGGCGAGCCACGAUCCGGAACAGAAGGUACCUCUUGCAAAACAAGAUUACUACCAUAACGGGGAGUGUUCAGUGCAAGAGGUGUGGUGAAAGGUUUGAGAUGCAACUUGAUCUUGAGAACAAAUUGGAUGAAGUGUUGAAAUUCAUUGAGGAGAAGAAAGGAAGCAUGCAUGAUAGAGCCCCUAGGGAAUGGGUGGACCCCAAGUUGCCAACAUGUGAACAUUGCGGAAGAGAAAAUAGUGUGGCGCCACUCCUUGCUGACACCAAGAAAAAGUCCAUCAAUUGGCUGUUCUUGUUCCUUGCUCAAAAGUUGGGUUGUUGCACCAUUAAACAACUCAGAUACUUCUGCAAGCACACCGAUUGCCAUCGUACUGGUGCCAAAGAUCGCCUUGUUUAUUUUGCCUACAUGGGCCUAUGCAAACAGCUUCUUCCUGAGUUGUUCGACACCUGA